AGAGAUGAAGCACAAUUUCCAGGAAAUAUCACGAUGUUACUUGCCUGACUGGUUCCUUAACCGUGAUUAUCUCGUUUCUUUGCCCCUUCUCUGCAACUUUCAGGGUUCAGUAUGGCAGACGAAGAUCUCAAACUCUCCUUACCUACUCCCACAUCUCCGCCGAGUCUGAGCUCCUCCGCCCAUUUCUACCCCUUCGCAACGUCACCGGAUAUUAUCCGCUCCCAUGAAAAGGACGUUUUCCUAACUUCCAGUCUGGUCAACCAGGCACAAGCGAUUAUCCGUUCUCUCCGUGGCGCACGAUUUGCUCAUAUCCAUUCGGACGCCAUCAAACACCUGACCGAAAUUCUGUACUUCUCACUGACGACGUUGAUUGGCAAUCGGACUCUGGGUGAGGAGUAUUGCGACCUCGUGCAACUGGAAGAUGAUACACUUCAGCUCCCCGCGAUUCACCGAAGAGCGGGUUACAUUCUGAGUAGCAUCCUAGUACCGUGGGCGCUUCAGCGGAUUCUCCCCGGGUUUCGCCAGCGACUACGCGCGAAAUUGGAGCGUAGCAUCGCCCGGCAACAACUGAAAGCGCAGCAGAAAGCAGAAAUAUUAAGAUUUACCAAGAAAAAUGCUUCAAAGAGGCAGUCUUUCUUCACCGCACUUCGAGUCCAGACGUACAUUCUCGAGCAUCUCGACUCAAUCACCUCGCUUUCACCUAUUUACGCCCUAAGUAUAGCAACCUUUUAUUUCACUGGCUCCUAUUACCAUUUGUCGAAACGCUUCUGGGGACUGCGCUACGUGUUCACGAAGAAACUCGAGGAAAAUGAACGGAGAGUAGGGUAUGAGGUCUUGGGGGUUUUGCUUGCCCUUCAGAUCGCGGUACAAGGCAUUCUGCAUAUCCGAAAACUCGGUCUUAGUAUGCAACAAGAGGGAGAGGGUAUUGAGACCGAAGUGGCUGGUUCCAAGACACAAGACGACUCCUUGAUCCGCUCCAUUCAGAACCCUUACAACCUUCCGCUUCUUCCUGCUUCUGCAGCUCGAUAUGAUCUUUCAGAAGAUUCGAAUGUCAUUCCGUGGAUUCCUUCCGGGCAACAGAGCAAGUGCACGCUUUGUCUGGAAUUGUACAAAGACCCCAGUGUCACAACAUGUGGACAUGUCUUCUGUUGGACGUGUAUUCGCGAUUGGGUACGCGAGAAGCCGGAGUGUCCGCUCUGUCGACAAGAGGUAAUACCAUCUAAGGUCCUGCCGCUGAGGGGGUGAAUUAACUGUACAUUCAUUAUAAACAUAUCAAUGUUCGGUGCAGGGUGUCAAUUCGCCCGCGUCUCAUCAAGCCUCGAUAUUAUGGCUUCUUGGCAAGGUGACGGGUUGACCGGCUUGUGACAUAUACCCACUGCUAGUUUUUUGCAUGAUAAUCUCAACAUUUCGAUUCAAAACGAAAUCAAUGACACUUGC